UUUCACACUCUCUCCCAAGACUUCCCACCAUCACCACCAUGGAUGAUCAAGAAACAGAGCAGCGCCACUCCGAAGAUGAACAAAUUCCGGCACCGGCAGCUCCAAUGGCCGUGCCGGAGUGGAAGAAUUACCUGCCGGGGUUUCGUUUCGUGCCCACUGACACCGAGCUCAUUCUGUAUUACUUGCAGAAGAAAAUCAACAAUGAGCCUAUCCUCUGUGAUGGAAUUAAAGACACUAAUCUCAAACAAGUUAACCCCUGGGACUUGCAAGCGAAGUUUCCGAAACUUGGAGACGACGAAUGGUAUUUCUUCACACCGAGGGAUCGGAAGUAUCCAAACGGAGAGCGGCCGGAUCGAGGAUCGGAGUCCGGGUACUGGAAGGCUACCGGCGCUGAUAAACCGGUGAUAGUUGGAGAUGUAACCGUUGGAUUCAAAAAGGCAUUGGUAUUUUAUCAAGGAAAGCCUCAGAAAGGUGUCAAGACUAACUGGAUAAUGCAUGAAUAUAGGGUUAAUGCUGCUGCACGCAAGAAGAGGAGUAAAGAUGACAUGAGGUUGGAUGAUUGGGUUCUAUGCCGCAUGUAUGAGAAAUCUACGAGGCUAACAAACAAAAGGAAGAAUCCAAAUGCAAAGGAGCAAACCGAUGAUGAUUGGGAAACUGCUCCGCUCGAAAAUGAUGAUGAUUGUGAAAUAGCUGCAGCGGUCGAAAAUCUUCCAGGAAUAUUCCCAGAAAAUCCAUAUCCUUUUAAUUAUUAUUAUCACGAGCAAAACCCAGCUUAUCUUCAAGAUAUACUGAAGCAAUCCACAUUUGCUGGCUAUCAAGAAGCCAAUCCAUCAUUUAGUGAUGUCUAUUUUCAGUUGGAUGGAAUAGUGGCCCCACCAGUUGAGGAGCAGGGGAUCAAUAUUAAUUCAUAUCUAAAUGAUGAGCCAUUGGGAUUGGGAUUUCAGCAGCAGCUAAAUAUAGCUUCUUCUUCAUAUGUAAAUGAUGAACCAUUGGCAUUGGCGUUGGGAUUUCAGCAGCUGCUGCCGCCGCAGCCAAAUAUAGCUUCCUCUUCUACUUGGAGGAGUAAUGAAGCUUCUUCUUCAUAUGUAAAUGAUGAGCCAUCGGCAUCGGGAUUUCAGCAGCUGCUGCCGCCGCAGCCAAAUAUAGCUUCUUCUUCUACUUGGAGGAGUAAUGAAGCUUCUUCUUCAUAUGUAAAUGAUGAGCCAUCGGCAUCGGGAUUUCAGCAGCCGCCGGCGCAGCCAAAUAUAGCUUCUUCUUCUACUUGGAGGAGCAAUGAAGCUUUUUUCCCCGCAAGCAUCAACACCAACAUUUCUCCUCCCAUAUACAACCAGAUCGACGCCCAGCAAGACAUGAAGAUCGAUGCCCAAGAAAACACAUCAAGAGGUUUAGGUUUUAGACAUUAGGGGCCGGCACUGUAACAACAGAACAGUUAUUUUUUUUUAUUUUUUUUUAAAUGUUGAGAGGUUUAGGUUUUAGACGUUAGGGGCCGGUACUGUAACAACAGGACGGUUUUUUUUUAUGUUGAGUUCGUUUACCCCUCACAGGUUUUUUUUUUUCUUUUUCUCAUGAGUUUUUCCUUUCUUUGUUAAACGGCUAUUCUUUUCUCAUUUAAAUUUUUUUUAUU